CUCCAAUAUUAUAAUAAAAAAGGAUCGUCAGAAAAAGUACAGGAAGAGAAAGAAGUCGGAAGAACAGGCUAUAAGACUGAUUGACGGUUCUUUUAAAUAUGCCGAAACUGGUGCGUGAAAACGUGGACUGUUUUAAUUAUCAAUACAAUACUUGUGCAAAGGUAUGUGAUAUGUUCAUGACCUGCUCAUGUUAUGUGUGUUUUUUCUUCUUUUCAAAUACAUUGUUUUUCCAUCCAUUUUUCAUCCACUUUCCAUUUUUUCUAUCUAAUUUCCAGAAAAAAAUGUCCUUUUCAGCACAGGGAAUGCGCGCGUUCGAACAACGUGAUUUGUACAACGUGGAGGCUGCAGAAACACUGCAGGAACAAACAAUGCACUGAAAAGCAUUUAGAUAAAGAGGCAAUGAAAUGUUUUUUCAACUGUGCCAAUGAAAGACCUGGAUCAUGCAACAAUGUUAUGUGUCAGAACUACCACGAAAAACCCCGAUCAACUACAGUGAACGGAGUAGGAAUUUACAUAAUGCCCAAUGAAGUUCCCGUAAAGAAGAAAAGUAAGCUGCGAAAGAAGACGCACGCUAAACUUAAAAAAACUGAGGAUAACUACUUGAUCAAGAGCAGCAAUGCCUUCAUUGAGGCGUCUUUACAGUUCAUACAAUUCAACAUAAAACGUGGAAAACUCACCAAAGAAAAGGGAAACUGCUAUAUGAAAGAGAUUCUGCACAGCAUCUUCUUUAUUGGCUACAUUAGUUUCCCACGCGUUUACCCGGAGAUGGUUCUACGCGAAGACCUUCAUGCACUUUUAUCUCGAAGGUUCCCCAAUGUGUUUCAUGCAUACCGAACUGCACUGCCCACAAGAACACCAUACUCUCUUCUUUUGGAUGUGGUUGUGGAAACCACAGAACCAUCCGAAUCUACAGAGCAUGCCUUUGAGUACGCUGUUCUGGACAAGAUUUUGGACUUGAACAAAAAAAUGUAUGUGCCUCGACUCCAGGAUGAUGGAAAGGUGUGCAGAAAUGCUUUUUUAUUAGUGUCAACCGUUGUCAGCUACUGCUACUUUUUAGAUUUAGUUACACACCAGGAAACCAAGAAGUACUUUGGAACAUCACUGGGCUGCAGAGGGCAAAAACAGAGGGAGAUCUUCCUUGAUCUGUCCUGCCUUCAUACGUGGAACAGAAACGUGGCGUAUGCUGUGUGCUUGGCUGCUAACAAUGGCCCAUCUGUGCUGCUCCCUAAGUUUGUGCACUCUGCCGCAUUUCACAUGCUUGGGUGUAAAGAUAACAGAGGCCCAGAAGAUCUUUUACCUGAGUUUGAACAGCUGACCCUAGAUCAGCCAUCGCAGGACUCCAGUGAACACAGCAGCAGUAGAGAAGGAACAGAUGUUGAUGCGCCUCAGUCAUUGGAAAGAGAGAUGAGCUCACCACAGCUCGCCAAUCCGAGCUCAAAUACAGAACUGAUCGUAUUUCAGUACACCCCGAAACCACCGUGUUUGAGAUGCAUGGAGCUCUUCCCAGGCAUGCAGUUUUCACCAGAACCCAUCUCUCAGCCUCCUCCAUAUUGGGAGCAUGGAAACUGCGCAGAAUGUGAGUCACUGAGCAAGCUGCUAAACGCUGAGAUUGGGCUUAAUAUGAGAGUACAACUGCCCCUACAAUUCGAUCUAUGGCUGCCAGCGAAUCUCCCUUUCCAUCCAGUUCAACCUCAUGAGAUGUUGCUCUUGCCCAGAAAGCAACGACUGAUCAACAAUUUGCGUGAUGUCAGGUUUGAACUCCAGGACUGUCUUCAGUUUUAUAAUUCUCAGCUUGAUGAGGAGAGCACAGCACUUGUGCCUUUUCAGCCCUCUUCAAACACAGAAUAACAAAGACUAUAUAUGGCAUAUUUACAUAGCUGGACAUUUACUGAAUUGCUUUGUCCUACUUUGGUAUGAGUGAUGUCACUCAUGUGCAGGCCAAUUUAUAUUAUAUUCUAGGGCAGUGCUAGGGAGGUGAGCGGCAGGACCGGGUUGCGAAACAAUGUUUUAGGGCUCUGGCAAACAUAAGGGCCCCACACUUGUUUGAGAACCAUGGAACAGUUAAACUUAUUGAAUCUUGACACACUGGCACCCAGACCCCCCCCCUGGAAUUGCAUUAUUUUUUAUUCUCUCUUUCUUCUCUUUUGGUCCAAAAAAGUGGUCAGCUUGGGACAAGGCCAAUUAGCCAGAUCAUUUACGUUUCUGACCCCUGGAGUGCACCAACAGUGUGUAUGUGGGUAUGUACUGAUGAGGAGUACUUUCACCUCCAAAGCCUGCAGACAUCCCUUGCCAUGGCUCAUAAAAUUGACAACAAGGGAUCAAAUCUGUUCCCUGGACUGGCACCAGUUAUGCCACCCUAGAUUAACUCCUAGCAGGUUUGAGGAAGUGUGUUGUGUGAGGGGAGAGAGCUUUCCACAGCAGAGGUGAAAAGAGGCACAGAGAUGGAGUUCACAGCAGCAAGGGAGUACACAAAAAUAUGGAAUGUCAACUAUUCUCCUUGUGGGUUAGUAAUACAUCCGGAUCCUUGGAUAGGUGCGUCCCCUAAUGGAAGGGUUUUUGAUCCAACUGAGCACCCUCCUUUUGGCUUGGUUGAACUAAAGUGUCCCAGUGUCAAAAAUUAUGUUGACUGUAAGUACACUGGCAUAAAAUAUGGCACAUCAAACCUUCAUAAAUCACACUCCUACUACUGGCAGGUUCAAGGGCAACUUAUGCUUAUUGGGUUAGAGUGGUAUGACUUCAUGGUAUGGGGUCAUUAUCUUCUGGAUUGUUUUCUGCAGCAUAAUCAUGCUGAUCCUGAAGUUCAGCAAGUGAUAAGAGAGAGAGUGGAUUUGUUCUACUUUAAUGUCUACAUGCCAAAGUACUUGUCUGUGAGGAGAGAACGAUAGCUGCAGUAAAAAAAACAGCAUUUGCAGCAAAAACACUGCAAUAACAAUUCCAUGUGUGACUGUGGUAUGUUGACUUUAAAUUAUACAUUUACAGUGCUGACUAUUGCACUAAAUAUUUGUACAUGUCUUCUAUUUCUGCAACUUAAAUUUUUUGCACUGUUACUGUUAAUAUAUAACUUGAUGAUUAUCCACUAAUGAGUUAUGCUUAUUGUCUAUAAUUAAAGUUUGAAUCUGAGACAAAGUAUAUGUUGUGCCUUGAACCCACAGCCUAGUGGGAGUAAAGGUUCUAGUGUUUAGUCAACAAAAUCUAAAUAAGGAACUGGCACACCUUCAAAUACAGGAGUGGUUUUUAUGGGACCAAAAAUUUUUUGUCUCACUGGGUAGCAAUAUGCACCCUAUUAAAAUCCAAUGGCAGCCAUUAUAAGCAUCUCAAUUUAUAAAAACACUACAGUUUUUAUUUCCGUGAUGUAACUUGUGAUUUGUGCAUGCUGUAAUUAAAAAAUCACUGACUAAUGAUA